UGUAUCAACUUCUUCUCUGUGAUAAAGCACACAAGGGACCUUUCAUCUGUUGUUUACUUUGGUCCCUCACACGCUACAUGAGUUCUACAAAGUAUCUCGUCAUUUUUGUUUGGAAGUAAGAGCAAGGCACAUUCUGCGGAUCACUCCUCGUUUAUAAGACCUGCACUGAGAAGAUGAAGCUGCUUCUCUUAUCCUGCAUCCUCUGCCUGAUGGCUUCUAUAAGCUACGGUCAGCCUACGUGUCUCCCUGGUCUCAGAGGAGAGAAAGGAGAGACGGGACCGCCUGGGUUUCCGGGUCCUCGUGGACCACCUGGACCUCCUGGUCUUACUGGAAUGGAAGGACAAAAAGGGGAAAGGGGACUGAUUGGACGGCCUGGACUACCUGGGAUACCUGGACCAGCUGGAUCUCAUGUAGCAUGCGAUGGUUUGACUUCUUUAAGGUGUCCCGAUCUCAAAGCCGUGAAGGACAGCCUUGUAAAGUUAGAGCUGGCUAUAAACUUUGACUUUGCCCGGAGAGUUGGUCAGAAAUACUUUGUGUCCAAGAAAGAGAGAGGCUCUUUCGCCAAGGCUGUAGAGUUCUGCUCCCAACAAGGCUUAGAGCUGGCUCUGCCCCAGAGCGAAGAGGAGAACAGCAUGCUGACUCAAGUGUUUGACGAUGGCAACAAAUUGAUCUGGCUUAGCGUCAACGAUAAAAAGGCAGAAGGGAACUUUGAGGUUGAUAUGAAAAACCGACCUCUGACCUUCACCAAGUGGGGAGAAGGACAGCCAGACAAAUCCGUGGAGGAUACAGGCUGCACCAUGAUGACAGAAAACGGCCUCUGGAGAGUGACACGUGAAUGCUCAAUGGAUGCUUACAUUGUUUGUCAGUUCUAGAAGGGUCUUGUAUCCCAUAUUUCAAACGAAACAUUUUCCCCACUGCUCUUUGCAUGUAUUGUCAUAUCAUCAGCUCAGAAAUUUGAAUUUACAUGAUCACAAUUUAACUGCAACCUGUCAUUAUUAUUGCUGAAUACAUAUAUUCCUAUACAAAGAUUGCAGAAUAAAAAGAAUGCUGCAGGUGUGGUGUUUUUUGUGGAAAGAUAUCUAUGACACAAUAAAUGGGUGCAGAAGUGAAAA